CCUAUCUGUACAUAUAUUAUCUAAGGAGUUACAGAAAAAAGAAGAUUUUUAAUUUAUAGGUUAUAGGUUGUUUUGUUAAGAAUUAAAAUGUCAAAAAAUUAGAUUUUCGUUUGUAUGUAGUUACUUUAUUUUGCAUAAUUAACUAUACAAUGCAAAUGUUUUCAUGGACCAAUAAUACAUUUGUUUUUAAUUGACUUAAUUAUAUAAAAUUUCAGAAAUAUGCUUCCAGUUAAAUUUGUUCAACCAUGUUUAGUUAACUACAGGACAAUUUUAAAAUUUAGUCCAAUACUAUAUAACAAUGUAUUUAAGCGAAAUAAAGCUAGUAAAGAAAGUAGUUUAACAACAAAAUCUGAAAAAGUUGAGUUAGAUACAAAUGUAAAGCCCUUAGGAGAAAAAGUAAAAGAAACUACGAAAACUGUGUCUUAUUUAGGAAUUAUCGCUCUUGGAGUUGCUGUAACAGGUACUUUAUUUUACGCUGUAUUCAAUGAAUUGUUUUCAAGUAAUAGUCCAAACAACAUAUAUUCAAAAGCUGUAAAAAAAUGUAUAGCUGAUCCACGAGUAGAAGAUAAAUUAGGACUUCCCAUAAGUGCGUACGGUGAAGAAACUAGGAGAGGAAGAAGACAACAUGUUUCUCAUUUAGCUUACAUAGGAAGAGAUGGAAGAAAACACUUACGAAUGAAGUUCUAUCUAAAAGGCUCAUUUCAUUCUGGAACUGCUCAAUUGGAUAUGGUACAGAAUGAUGCUGGGAAUUAUCAAUACAGAUACCUUCUAGUAGAGGUUGAUGAUAUGCUUAGGAACGUUAUUAUUGUGGAAGAUAACAGAAAUGAUGUACCUGUAAUAAGUUCAGACCAAUCUUUUCCAGAACUGAAAUUUUGAUGUAGAAGAGAUUAUUUUUGUUUAAUCAUUUGAGGAUGAGUGUUGUUUUAUUAUUAAAAGGAAGUAACUACCCAAUGUUUAUUAAAAUAUUGUAAAAGUUAUUUAUUUCUUUUUAUAUCUGUUUUUUUUUUAGUUAAGUAUUUAAACAGUUUUGUAAUAUACAAUAAAAAAAAUAAUUCAGCCUAAU